CGUUAGCCUUUUGGAGUUACAUUUCUAAAAGAUUUUUUUGCGUUAGUCUUUUGGAGUUACAUCUGUUUUAAAAGACUGUACAUUAGUCUUUUGGGGUUACAUAUUUUAAAACUUUUUUUGCGUUAAUCUUUUGGAGUUACAUCUGUUUUAAAAGACUGUACAUUAGUCUUUUGGGGUUACAUAUUAAAACUUUUUUUGCGUUAGUCUUUUGGAGUUACAUUUUUUAAGAAAAAGACUUUGUGCGUUAGUCUUUUGGGGUUAGAUUUUUUAAAAAGACUGUGCGUUAGUCUUUUGGGGUUAGAUUUUUUAAAAGAUUUUGUGCGUUAGUCUUUGGGGUUAGAUUUUUUUUAGAAGAGUUUGUGCGUUAGUCUUUUGGGGUUAGAUUUUUUUAAAAGACUUUAUGCGUUAGUCUUUUGGGGUUAUAUUUUUUAAAAGACUUUGUGCGUUCGUCUUUUGGGGUUGGGUAUAAUAAGGAGAAUUUGAAGCUUCCUCUCCCUCUGCUUGACCAUGUUGGGUUUCUCUGAUUCUCGUCCGGGCCGGAGAACCUCGUGGCUGGUCAGCGCCCUGUCCCAUCACUUCGGCUCCGAGGGCGGACAAGUGGACAACGAGAUCGUGGUGUUAGCCACCGGCCUGGACCAGUACCUGCAGGAGAUCUUCCACCACUUGGACUACGAAGGGGACGGGCUGGUGUCGGGAGAGGACUUUCGGGCUCUGUGCUCGGUGCUGGGGCUGGAGGAAGGUGUAGACGGGCCGCCCGAAGCGGUCACCUUCCGGCACUUCCACGCCCUCCUGUGUGAACCUUUCCACCGCCUCCUGGGCCGGGGGGAACCGGGGAACCGGCUGCCGGUCAGCCAAGAGACCGAACACAUCGAGAGGCAGAUCCGGCUCCGGUGCCCCCGCCGCCGCCGGAGGAAGAAGAAGAAGAGGAGCGUGUCUUUCCAGCUGCCCCGGGACGGAGGUGAAGAGGACGGGGACGAGGAGAGCCCUGAGCCCGGGGCCGAAGAGGCACAGCAAGAUCCCAGUGCGGGGGAACUGGAGAACGCCAGCCUGCGGGAGUUGGUGGAGGAUCUCCGGGGAGCUUUGCAGAGCAGCGAUGCCCGCUGCCUGGCCUUGGAAGUCGGUCUCCGGAAGGUUUUGAGCGGUUUCCCCGGGGCUCCGAGGCGGCAGACCCAGGAACCGCGUCCGCCCAGCCUGAGCUGCUGUUCGGUCGCUCACGUCUGCCCCGGUUCCCGUCACCUGCUCCGGGAGCUGGAGCUCAUCCGCACGUCCCGGGACGGUCAGAUUGACGAGGCCAGGCGCUUAAACCGGCAGCUGGAGCAGGAACUCCGGGAUGCUCACUGCCGCCUGGGGCACCGGGAGUACCGACUGGCCGCCCUCCGAGCCGAGCACGGCCGGCUCCGCGACAAAGCCGAGAGGGUGACUGCAGCUCUCCGGGCCGCCCUGGACAACGUGAAGGAGCUGGAGAGGAGAGUCCGGCAGGUCCCCGUGUUAGAGAGCCAGGUCCAGGAGCUGCAACACCAAAUGCAGCGCUACAGGUUACAAGAGGGCCAAGGCAGAAAGGACACAGCUUUGCUGAGCCACUCCCAACACUGGCACAAAUAUUACAGCUCUCGUCAGAAUAAUUGGAGUCCCUCAUUCCAACGAGCACGGAGUCCGCCAACGGGGAAAGCAGAUUGUACCUUGGAAAACAGGGAAUGUUAUAGCUCGCAGAAUGGAGAUCCUUCCUGUAACGAAGAUGAGGGACAUUUACUCAGAGCAGUCGAGGGAUGCGCUGCUUCUGAUGAGGAGGAAGAGAGAGGUACGGAGGAUCAACACUGUCAGAUGAUGGAACUGAACAGAGAUGGCUGCAGUCGUGAAGGGUGCCACUGUAGCACAUUACAACAACUGCUCUGUCACAACUGCAGCUGUGAGAACAGGGAGAAUGGUUCCAUGGUCUUUCCGCCAUGGAUGGAAAGAGAAAAGGAACUCACAAUUCAGCUAAAGAACAAGGAGGAGAAAGUGACAGAGCUCCAGACUGAGACUGAGAAGUUGUCAUGUGCAAUGACCAAGGAACUCCAGCUGAAAGGGGAGGAGGUGGAAAUGCUGAGGAUAGAACUGCAGAUGGUUGAAACUGAUCGGGUGCGACUCUCGCUGAUUGAGGAGAAACUGACCGAUGUACUGCAGCUUCUGCAGCAACUGCGAACACUGAAUGUUUCCAGACGGUCGUUGGGAAAGAUUUUAAUGAACACUUUGGACUCCUGUUACAGUGUGCGACAUGGAAUGAUGAGCUCCUUGGACAUACUGAGUGUUCUCCAUAAAGAAUUGCUGUCUUGUGAGUUACUCACCAAAGGUUCCUGUCAAACAGAAGAUGAGCAGAUCAUGAAAAAUUCCCUGGUGAUAUCAUGUUAGUGAACGGAAGUGGACAGAUGCGAUUAGGUGGCAUUAGUCAUUUGCAGCAAUAAUCUUCAAUCUUUCCCUCUUGAGCAAUCAGUUGGGAUGUGGCCACAUUAAUAGGAAGAAACCAUUUGAAAAUCCAUCACACAGAUACAUUUGUUCAUUAAUGCUUGUGUACCAGAGGCUGAUUGAUCACAGGCUGACACGUACAGACAUCUGAAGGAAUUAAUAAUAUGCCAUCUGUGCUAUCUUGGACUUUGACCAAAAUCUGGGACAAAAAUUCUAUAAAUUUGCACCUGGUUCCAAAAAGACAAGCCAGUCGAUCUAAAGAAAGAACUCGAAGGUACUUGGGAUAUCGCAGCUAAUGAAACCUGUUUUCUGAGUGGACAAAUGAGGUAGCCACAUCGUGCACAGAAAGAUCCCACAAAGAAGGCGACCCCAGUUAAUUUAGUCAUAGCUGUGAGGUGAUUGUUCAUCAGGAUACUGGGAGAGCUCCCUGCAGAAAGAUGAGUGAUGGAUGUUAUGUGUCCAUUGGAACAGGUAGCUGAUGCCUUGGUGUAAUGGCUCAUCUCACUGGUCACACUUCCAGCAAUUCAAUGUUGCUUCUGAACAAGACUGAACUUUAACGGGAAGCAGAAUACCACAGAUGCCAGAGAUUUGAAAUAAAAACGAAAUAAAAAAGCAUUGGAAAAACUCAGCAGCUUCUGUGGAGAGAAAGAGACUUUUAUCAGAAAAGAUGAUGUGCUUAGUCUUGAAGUAUCUAUCAGCUAACCACAUUCCACAUGACGAGGAGUGGCUCAGAAUAACAAGGCCAUUAAACAAUAAAUGAACCACUAGGGUUUAUUUCUGAUGGGAGAGAUUUGAAAAUAAGUGAACCUUGAUUAGCCUGUACCUGGAACACUGCAUACAGUCCUGGCCGCCGUAUUAUUAAAAAGAAAGAUAUCGAGACCCUGGAGAGGGAGUAAAAUAGAUUUAUAAAGGAGAAUGCCGGAUUGAUAACUUCUUUUUCUCCUUUUGAAAAGAGAAGGCUAGGGAAUGUCCUAUUAAAAAUCUUUACUAUUAUGGAGGAUUUUGAUCAUUCAGAUGCAGUGAAAAUGUUAUGGGGAAGAGCAUAACUAGAAGCCAUUAGUGUGAAAUUAUCUCCAAGAAAUCUAAUAGGGGAAAUAGUGGGAAAGAUACAAUGACAGGAUGGGUCCUGAUUGUUGAAGUUCUGGGGAGAACUUUUCAAUGGACAGAGUAAUGCAGCUACAUGUAGCCUAGGCUGCUCGCUUUGGAUUCUUAACUUCAUUUUUCCCAAGGUGAUGGAAUUCUACAGAAGAGAGAGAGAGCUUCCUGGGCUCCUCAUUGGGAGGAGGCACAGCCUUCCAACAUGGAUACUUCAAAAGACAUCGGAGUUCCAUAAAAAACUCAAUUCCACACCCACAGCAGUUACACUUAGAAAUGCAUGGACCCUGAUGCUUAACAAAAUAUCCAAUGUUGCAGAAAGAUUAAAAAGUUAUAGGGAACUUCUUUACCCAGAGAGUAGAACUCGCUACCAGAGGAAGCAGUUGAGUUGUAUAAUUUCAAAGCAUUUAAGGAGUUGCCUAAAGGAGCUUGUGAGAGAGAAGAGAAAUGGAGGGCUAUGCUGAUUGAGUACAAUGAAAAAUGUGAGAAUAAGGUAUAGGGCUAUAUGGACUGGUUGGGAUGGAUAUCUGCUGCUAUGCUGUUGCUUCUGUGCAAUCUUCUGAUUUCAUGGGUCAUGUAAAUUGCCUGUUGGUAUAUACCAAAGCUGUAAUAGCUGUGUACAUUUUAAAAACAACAAUUUUUUAGUUUUUGAAAUUGUGCCUAGACUUUUAGUCUUUGUUUAUCUCCCCAUAUUUGUGGUUCUGGUUCACUAUAUCCUCUUGUUCAUCUUCUGAUAUUGUACGCAUUAUUAUUUUAAAGGAUCUGUCUCCCCCUUGUGGGUAAUCAUUGUUAUUUAUUAUGGUUCCUAUUCUAGACGGUGAUGUUCUGGAGAUAUUUCCUUUGAUUUUUCUGGAUAGGAUUAAAUUGAUUAUACCUGGA